CUCCCUCUUUGGGUUUCGUCCGAUAUUUUCUCUCUCAAACUAACCAUUAUAUCCACUGGAUAUUCACCAAACAGAUACACGAAUUAGCCAAGUUCGACAAUUUUUGCUAAGGUACGUUUUCUCGAAUCCAAUUUUCUCUUUCUAUGAAAAAGAUAAUUAUCUGGAGGAAUUUCAAUGUCUUUGCGUGGCAUGUAGAAUUGUAGCUCGGAUAUGUGGAAAUUAGGGUUUGAUUGAAAAUAGAGUUAGGGUUAGGGAUUUUAGUAAGAAAUGAAGAGCGGGUCUCAUCGGCUUCCCCCCUCGGACUCACACGACGAUUGGGUGGAUGGCUCAUGGACAGUCGACUGCGUCUGCGGAGUUAAUUUUGACGACGGUGAGGAGAUGGUAAAGUGCGAUGAGUGCGGGGUAUGGGUGCACACGCGUUGUUCACGUUACGUCAAGAGCGAUAAAUCCUUUGCUUGCGAUAAGUGUAAGACUAAGAACAGUGCUAGUGUGAGGAAUGAGAGCGAGGAGACAGAGGUCGCACAGUUUUUAGUUGAAUUGCCUACCAAAACGCUCAGGAUGGACAAUCCAGCCAGUGUUUCCUCACAUAGGCCGUUUAGGUUGUGGACUGAUAUCCCGAUAGAGGAGAGGGUUCAUGUGCAAGGGGUGCCGGGUGGUGAUCCUGGGUUGUUCUCAGGGGCACAAAUGUCAUCAAUUUUUGGUCCACAGCUGUGGAAGGCAACCGGCUAUGUGCCAAAAAAGUUUAAUUUUCAAUACAGGGAGUUUCCAUUGUGGGAUGACAAUGUCCUAGAGGGAAAAGAAGAUAAGGUGCAUAAAAAAGGUGGAGAUCAAAAUGGGAAUCAAGUUGAUGAUGGUGCUGGUGUUUUAUACUCUCUGUCAAAGGAAAAGGAAAAUAUUUUGCCCACUCCUGUGGUGGAUUCUAUUGGUGUAAAAAGUAACAAUGAAGAAGGCAAGCAGCAAGAGUUAUUGUCCCCGAAACAGAUGAAGGAGAGAAGCAUGGUGCAACCUACCCUGGAAAACUGUGAAAAACAUGAGAAAAAGGAGCUCAAAAAUUUGAAUAAUCAACAUGCAAAGAAAAUGGUUGGGAAAAUUGAGAAAGAAGGAAAUUCUAAAAAACGAGCUGUUCUUUUGUCUCAUGCAGCUUCCACAUUCUCAAGCAAUGGAAAACAAUUAGAAUUUUCUGAAGAUAGAAACUCCAAGACUUUCAACGUUGAUUGUCAGGGCAACAAGAAUGUUCUUGGUGAUCAAGUAUCUAAUGGUCUUUGUGAUAGUUCUACUGAUAUAGCUUCAAGGGAGCAGACAACUUUAAGAAAUGAUUCUUCAGGAGGUGCAAUACCAAGGGAAGACGACGGACAUCAUCAAGGCUUGGUGAGGUCAGAUGUAUCAUUUAAAGCCAAUGUUGAUGUUGCAUCAUUGGUAGAACACCACGAUUCUCAGAGCAAUCCUGUAAAAGAAGAGGUUGUGGUCGGUGAUCUUGAGAGCUUGGGAGAUAUUCAGGGAGUUGGAACUGGAAGCGUUGGGAUUAGCUUGCAUGACAGAGAGCCUGUUGCUGGAGAUGUCCAAUAUUCAAAUAUUGAGAUUGCCAACUCUUUACAGCCUGAUAAGAAACUGAAAGCAGAGGUAGAUGUUAAUAAUCACGGAUGCUUUAAUGCCUGUGCUUCAUCUCCAGAUGAUUUUAAGAUGGACAGCAUGAGAGCUGCUGUCCAACAUCCAGAAUCUUCCUCUGAUCUUUUGUCUGAGAAUGCUAAAGUGACUGACAACUCAAUAAUAGGUCCAGAUGCUAGUGACUUCCAGGUGCUAGAUGGUGAUAAGAUGCUAGAUGUUUGUAAUUCUAAAGACAAAACUAAUCAAUUGCAAGGUGACACCUAUAAAUCUAAGCAAGAACCAGCAGGUUCAGAAGGUUCAUCUGGAGCAAGACAAAUGUUUUCAGGUCAUAAACAUGGUUUAAAACCAGUUUUAGAUUCAUGUAAAUCCAGUGGCUCAGUCACAAACCAUUCAGCAACUUCAUAUAAGCGGAAGGUAGUUGUUUCUGUUGGCAAAUCCCCUUCCAUGUCAGCCAGUGUUGCGAUGUCAAAAUCUUCUGACAUUAACAUACCUGCAGCUAAUCAAAAUCAAUAUGCUGGUGGUAGACUGAAGGGAACGUCUGAGAGCAAAGUUAGAAGUGUGAAAGAUAAUGCCUCAACUAAUGUAGGUAGGGAUGAAGAUAAAUGUGCGAGGCUGAAGAAAAUACCCAAAGAACAUCCAAGAUCUCAUGGUUAUGCUGCAAAAGUACUUCAGCCAGCCAAGACAUCAGAGGCUUCAGAUUCUAAGAGAGCCCCAUCUGAUUCAAAGGACUCUGCAAUUCAUUCCUCCACUAAAGAACCUUCUGUGUCCCAUGUAUUUGCUACCCCAGGCUCUGGUGAGUGUGCAAGUUCACAGCAGACAGAGAUUGUGUCAAAUUUUCAGAAUAAAGCUACAGAUUCUGUUUUACCGCUUAAAGGGGAAAAGACUAAUCAGCCGGGUAGCCAAUCAUCAUCUAGAGGAAAUGCAUCUUUAUUGCAUGCUCCAGCUUCUUCUAGCGUAUCCACAAUGCUCAGUGAUGAAGAGUAUGCUCUACUUUUGCAUCAAGAACUCAAUAGUUCUCCUCGAGUGACUAGGGCACCACGCAUGCGUCAUGCUGGUAGUUUACCUCAGUUAACAUCUACUACACCGACAAGCAUGCUAAUGAAGCGAACAUCUAGUAGUGGAGGAAAAGAUCAUGCCUUGGGCUCCAGAAGAAAAACCAAAGAUUUUGCUAAAGAUGGUUCACAUAGUUCUCGGGAGGUUGACAAUGAAGCUAAGAGGCCCUCUUCACGUGAUAACAGGAGACGAGAUCCUGAAUACAACUCAGAUUCUGUUUCCAAAAGAGAAGCCGAUGGUGGAUCAGUUAAAGGCACUCACUCUAUGAAGACAAGUAACUCUUCUGUCUCCACAUCAAAUCUGAACAGCAAUUUAUCAUCCGCUGAUGUAACAAAUGGACAAAAUUUAUCAUCUAUUCGCCACUCACCAAGAAACGUUUCUCAAGAAGAUCAGGAGAUGGUUGGCCGUCCUACCAAUCGCACUUUGCCUGGUUUGAUUGCUGAGAUCAUGAGUAAAGGCAAACGCAUGACAUAUGAAGAACUAUGUAAUGCAGUUGUACCGCAUUGGCCUCACUUGAGGAAGCAUAAUGGAGAGCGUUAUGCGUAUUCAAGUCACUCCCAGGCUGUUCUUGAUUGUCUGAGGAACCGAAGUGAAUGGGCUCGCUUGGUUGAUCGUGGUCCAAAGGUAUGGUUCUGUUGUCUCUCAAAAUUAUAUUUUAUCUGGCUCAGGAGUAUGAGCUACUAUGUUCAAGUAAAUUGAACUGGAAAUUUCAUUUUGCUUUCAGAUGGAAAUUUCAUUUUGCUAUCUUCUGAACUUUUACAUCCUGCAUGUUUAUUUGCAACUAUCUUGUCCAUUUGACUACUUGAAUAUGUGCAGCAGUAUGCUUUGGGAAUUAAAUGGUGUGUUAGUGCUGCAUCUCCAUCUCGAUGUGUGAAAUUGAUAAUAUUUUGGGUGGCUAAUAACUAGCAAUUUGU